GAGUUCGACAAUGAUGACAGAUUUGAAAUCUUUGAAGAGUUUGAAGCUAUAUCAAAUUCUCAUAAGUUUGUCUGCUUUCUUCAUCAUCAUUUUUAUGAUGACCUUAAAUGAACCGCGCAUUCAUGGAAGUCCUAACUCGGUCAAGUUACCAGACAUGAAGAGCACGCCUUCGAGGAAUAUUAUUGCGAUAUUGACUAUUGUGAAAAGUAACUCUGACAGAGCCCGUUACAAGACGGCAAUGGAUUCGAUGGAGUGUUACGCUCUCCAGAACAACUACACAUAUUUGCAACUUUAUGGCGAAAAUUUCAAGACCAUAUGUGAACAAAAAGAUAUUUACUUCCAACGCCACUGCAUCGUUGCUCAUAUCCUCAGAAUUCACCACUACCGUUGGGUGCUGCUAUUAGAUGCCGACGUUGGUGUCGUUAACGAGAAACGAAGAUUGGAGGAGUAUAUCAAAGAAGAAGCCGACAUCAUUCUUUACGACAGAUUUCUCAGUUUUCAAGUGGCAGCAGGCUCCUAUUUUGCCAAGAAAUCAAACUUUUCUGUGGUAUUCCUUCGUGGUUGGGCAGAUUAUUCUUUUCGAUUGCCUAAAAGCUACCGCACUCGAGACAACGAUGCUAUACAUAUGUGGUUGGUGGAACUGAUUGCUCCUAAUGCACCUCUGGCACCAGUGUGCUGGUUGCUAUGGAGACGUGCAAGGGAUAUCACGAGCAUACAGCACUUUACUGUAUGUUGUAGAGAAGCGAUCAAAGAUGCAGCAUGUCCUCAGAUACUCAUCUACAAAAGGGGAGAAGGAUGGGUGAGAGAUGGUUGGCUGACGAAUAGUCAUUGGAAUCUUCAACGAGAUUUUAUGUUUCAUGGUUUGAAGGAAAGAGAUAAAAAGCGCUUUAACAUAGGUCAAAAAAACGUUCUCAAUGGACCUAAGUUCUAUCCUUGGUUUAACACCUUAAAAACACCAUUAGAGCUCGACAAGUGCAAAGAAGGCAAACAAAUAUGGAAUCAUGAAGCAGCGCUGGUUACGAACAAACAAACCAUUGACUUACACUUGGAGCGAUUGAAAAGAAGUAAAGAACAAGAUUAUCAAAAAGAAGUACGACUUGUUCAAAAAUUUGCAGACGGUACGAAUUUGAUGUGAAUUUAUAAUAAAAAAUAUUAAC